AAAUGAAGCGGUCAGUUAUUGUAGUGAUAUAUGUUUUUGUUUUACUCUUAAUAAAAUAAAAUGUCAGCAUGUCGCGGGCAGGUAAAAAAGGUUCCGCCAAGAAGCAGCAGGGACCCUCCGCCACACCUGUGAACAACACCUGGGAGGCUGGUCUAACCAAAGCACAGUUUGAGGAGGACUCAUGGCGGGCCUGUGUCUCCCUGCUGGUUGGGAGAAGUUCAGAGGAGGAAAAACUCAUCAAUCCUCUGGUUUUMGCUGUUCAGAAACCGCAACGUAAACUUUUCUCCGUAAUAUCCCGGGACAGCACACUUGCAAAGAUCUGUGAACUGUCGGAUCUCAAAGCAAAAAAGCCCAACAAUGCUCCCAUGUUUAGUGAGGUGAAAGAGUCUGCUAAGAUGCUGCUGGAUGCAGGGGAGGAGAUUCCUGUCGAUCUGAUGGCAAAACUACUGAAGUUCCAGCUGCUGCAAAUUAAAACCAGCGACCAGCAAAGGAGGGAAGCAGAGCAGCUGAAGACAGAGAAACAAAAAGAAAACGUCAGCAUUCCCACCGACAGAAAGGCCAAGAGUCCUUCAAAGAAGGGAAAGAGUCCGACUUCAGAUCUGGAAGCUCUCAAGGAGAAAAAAACAAAGCUGAAAAGCCGGGAUGAUGUUGAACCUACAUUUAUUGAUGACGAGCCGGAGGACGGUCCUCAGCACUACGUCCUGUUGGUGGGCUUCGACCAGCCGCAGCUGAUUGGGCUGCUGGACGCCAUCGGCGUGCACCUGUCCACCGUCAUCAAAGUGUGCUCGGAGCAAAGCCAAGCCUCUGCGGAGGAUCAGGAGCUGAGCAGCUGUGAGGAGACUGGACCGAGCCUGAAAGCUGCUUCAGUUUCAGACGCAGAGCUUUCUUUAAAGGCGAAGAGGCUCCGUGAGUUCUGGACAGACCUGAGACCAGUUUUAGACGGCGGUCCACCAGAAUCCAAGCUCCACGAUGUGGUCCUGCUCAGCCACACGGUCCCAGACGUCACACUGCCUAUCCAAACCAAUCGCCCUGAGGCUGAGCUGGAGCUGGGAAGCCGGAUCUUCGAGGGCGUGGCCAAUCUCAUCUACGACUGUCUGGACUGGCGCCGGCAGCAUCAACACUACCGUGACAGCGUCAAGCUCCUCACGGUGCCCUGUGUGCACAGACCGGACUCGCAGCCCGAUCAGGUUGUGCGGUCUGUUCCUCAGACUCCACGCUCUAAAAAGAAGUCUGUUAAAGAACAAGACACCAAACUGCCUCCUCCCUCUGUUAAUGUGGACAUGAGUUACUACAGCAGCCUGCUGGACCUGGUUCCCCCUGAAGCCUGCUCCGUGCCUCUGAUCCUGCACUGCAUGCUGGAGCAGGUGGGGGUUUCUACAGAGCGGUCGUCUCAAACACCCGAGGAACCCAAACUUGUCGGGGAUCCCUGGUCAGACCAGCACCUUGUUGGUUAUCUGCUCCAAAGCUUCCUGCCUCGUUUGAACACAGGAGAAGGAAAGCAGCUGAUAGACGACCUCCUGACUGAUGUCCAGGAAAAGGACAGGAAGAGGUUACUGGAGACGUAUGGAGGAGUAGAGAACCCUCAGAAGAAGCCUCAGGUCAUCAGACUCCACGAUGAGAGAGCGCUACGUUUACGAGACGCCAGAGGGAGGAGGUUUUUAUUUUCCCAGGUGGUUCAUGGUUUCGACCCAGCAGAGUUGGAGUUGUCCGUGAUGAGGUUUUCUCCGGUUUGGGAGCYGAUUGAGUCGGUAGUUGAGCAGAGGAACGGCUCCACCUGCUGGAUGGCUGUCAAACAGCAGCUGCAGCACUUCUGCACACAAGAUAAUGACUCGUGGUCGGACGUGGAGCAGCUGUUGGAUCAGAGCGUGCUGGAGGCCAUGCCGCUGAGCUCUGUGGAUCAGCAGGGUGUGUUUGUGAACGAUGCUCACGGUCAGGGAGCACUAGAAGCAGCAGCUGUCCCCUGGGACGAUCCUUUAUCCUUCGCUAAACAGCAGCUUCACAAGCUGCAGACUGACGGUCCAACUUUUCUCACCGAAAGCCCUGAUAACACUGAGCAGCUCAGUCAGGACGUGUGCAGUCAGCUGGAUCUAUCUGAGCUGCAGAGCUGCAGACGGAGGUCUUUGUUUCACUGGAACUAUGCUGAACAUCACAGUCCUGCUGUUCUUCCACAGGUCCUCGAGGCAGCCUCAGAGGAGUAUCCAUGUUUGGACACCUUUAGAGGAAGUUAUAAAAACAUCUUGUAUGUUUUUUGUCACCACCCCAUGAGUUCUGAUCGCCGGUCCAAAGAGUUCUGGAACGUGGUUCUUCACACUGAUGUCAGGUUCAGAAACUAUCUGGAGCACGUGGCUGAUUCCAUCUCAGACUGGACUAAAGAGGAGGAACUGAAAAGAAAGGCAGCGAUGUCUCCACAGGAGGAAGAUGCUGCACCCUCUGAAGUGGAGGAGGAAACUCUAGAAGCUUUCAUCAGAAAAGGUUCUCUCAAAGCCUGGACGUUGGAGCAGGAGCGGCUGAAGGAAGAAGAGGCAGCGAAAAGAUCAAAGAAAGAGAUGACGCCUCGAGCCAAGCYGCAGAAGGGCGAGGCGGCGGGCAAGGAGAAAAAUAAAACCUUGCCUUCCGACAAGAUCAGAGCAGAUACAGUUGCCAGCGACGUCCCCCCGGGGGCCAACAUUACUGUAGCCUCUACGACGAACGACAAAAAAGAGCCUCAAGUCCCCGAGGAACAUGAGGAGAGAUUCACAGGCUACAGCAUGAACGGACGGUUGAUCUGCGUGUCGGGUCGGUGCGAGAACCUUUACCCCUCAGAUGGAGGACACAUCAUCGUGGAGAAAACGGACUUUGCUGAAGGCUCCAGCCUGAUGAAAGUAGCGGUGAAGAAGGACGGACAUCGUUUCUUCACACACGUCAACCGAGUCGUCGAACAUUCAGGGCCUCCGUCUCAAACACAAGACAAGACCCUCCCUCCAAAGCAGGACUGUCKAGAGCCUGAGGCCGAGGCCAGAAAACAAGUGAAGCAGGGCUCCUUCUCUGCACUUCUUGAGAAUAAAAUCCAGCUCUCCUACAGUUCCUAUGGACCUACAGGAGAACAUACAGUGGGUCCUGAGGAAAACCAGUGUUCGUCAGGAACAGACCUGGAGUGCCCCGGGAGACAAACCCAGUCCAGUCAGGAUUCUGAAGUCCAGUCAGUUCUGCCGUCAGGUCCUUUCAACGGUCUUCAUCUGUCUGUUCCUAACGGGCUCCUGGUGCAGUUUCUGAGGGAGGAAACAGAAGGUGGCUCACCUCAGGAGAGAGGCAUUCUGGUGAAGCAGAGCUUUCAGGUCCUCCAGGACACGCCCCUCUCCAAAGAACUGUGUCGCAUCGUCACCGGUCAGGGAGCUGUGAUCCGCUACAUGAGAGACGGAUCCACAGAGGUGUUUCCAUCUAGCAUCGGGGUUCUGAAGAUCCAAAGUGACGGAAAGUGCACCUACUCCUCUGAGCCACCUGUUGCCCCCAACCCAAGUCACCAACCAGGACUUUACACCAUGAGCCACUCAGACAAAGUGGCCUGUGACGUGACCGACGACGACGGGAACCACUUCCAGGUGAUGGAAGAUGGUCAGAUUUCUGUGCUUAGUUCAAGUUCUGCCAGCAUCCGCACACACAACAAUGUAGAGGACAAGAUGUCCCACUGUCCCAGGCUGUUUCUGGUGCAUGAAGAUGGUUCAGGCACUGAGCUGUUGAGCUCUGACACGGCGGAGGAGCUGCUGGCCCGAGCCUACUCUGAUCCAAACAUAGCAGUGCUGGAGGAACCUCUACCAGACAGACAAGGUGAGUUGGCCAUCACCAUCUUAAAACCCGGCCACCGGAGCGUGUGGUCCCAGUGGUCGCUAAAGAAACAGAACCCUGACGUCACCCCGUUCAGCCUCAGGAACCGUCCCUGGAAGGACUUCCCUGCAGUGGAGAAAAAGAGCCCAGGUCCCCCGUUUGGUUCUGACACGGGGGUCGGUUUGACCCUGAGGGAGGGGUCCAGCAGUUCUGCAGCUCAGCAUCGACGUGUUCAGAGCUGCCCUGAAGUUCUGGAGAUGAGAGAACUCUACCAGCGUCGACCCUUCACCGCCCAGCUCCAGAAUACUGUCGACUCACACCUGAAGGAAUACAUCGAGAGCUUGAUGGUGAGGGAGCGGCGAUCGGACGAGGUGAAGGUCAAAGACCCUCACACCGAGCAGGAGAGUGCCCACGCCAGUGAUCUCUUCAGCCUCAUCCUGUCUUUUGCAGAGGAGGAUGAAUCAAGUUACAUGGCUGAUGCCAGGAAUUCAGUUGAUGUUGCUGGUCUGUACAGCCAAGCAGUCGGAGCGUCGGACAAACAGUCAGAUGUUUCUGAAGACACUGACAUGGAUGUUGACAGCUUGGAUGGAUCACAGCAUUCUUCUGGCAGAAACAAUCUGAAAUGGAGAGAAAGACUCACCGAACACAGACAGGGGCUCAGUGAGGUGAAGACGUGCACAGAGUUUCUGAGGAAGAAGAUCAUUGUUCCUUAUUUCCAUCCAGAAAACCUUCCAUUAUACCAAAGUCUGCUGCAUUCCUCAUUACCCAACGUUAGUAGACGGUCCACGGAUCUCCCAUUCAUCCAACAGUUAGACGGUACUGAGGCCGUCUCUAAAGACUCCCCACAGGAGAGCUCCCCACCACCUUUAAACGAAACUCCAUCUCAGUCAGAAAGUCAUGCAGCAAAAAGAGACACAAUGUCUGAAAUCCCUCCGACCAAGCCCACCCUGCAGUCUGCUGGUGAAAGCAGACAUAGAAGUUCAGUGAGGUGGUGCAAGUCGGUCCAGGUGGACGUGACCGGAAAGCCGAGACAGACUAAAGUCAGACUACCAACCUGCAUCCUCAGCUCUAAACCCUACAGCGUACCAAACCAACAUUUCCUGACGGUGGAGGAGCCGGUGAGGAUGAAGUGUCGAACAGUUUCCCUGACUGAUCCCAAAUCAGUGGUGAGGGGCUUUCAGCUUCUCCCGUCGUGUGUUGACUUUGGUACGAUGAAGGUGGGCACCUCCUCUACCAUCACUGUGAUCAUGAAGAACGUGGGUGUUGACACAUGCAGGUUCCAUGUGAAACAACCUCCUAUCAGCACUGGCCUCCGAGUCCUCUACAAUCCUGGUCCUGUGGCUGCAGGUUUGCACGUUGAGCUGCACGUCGAGCUGUUUGCCCUGUGUGAUACAGAGCCAAACAGGAUCAUCUCCCAGGACAUUAUCAUCAACACUGAACCAGACAUUCUCUACCUCCCUGUCACUGCUGUCAUCGUUCUUGAGAGAUUUCUUGAAGAGGGGCAAACCAGUGCACAGACAAAGAGAGGCUCCAAGGUCGUCCAGGCUCACAGUAUGUCAAAAAAUGAACCGACAUCCUUCUGACCAGUCCUCCAGUAUAACAGGAAUGGCACAUUUCUCCAGAACAAUCUUCGAUUAAAUUUCACACCACUUUAUCAGAUUCAACUCUGUUCUUUAUUGUUUUGACAAUAAAAUGUUUCUAAUAACUAA